CAACACCACGCUCGCUUCCCCUCCCAUUCUCCGUGCCCAGGAAGGGUAUUGCGGCACUGGAAAAUCGACGGGCGUGUGAUCGAGUGACAUGGGUCGCAGGGCGGGUCGUGAUCCAUCGUCGCUCGUUACUGUGCGAGUAAUUCGUUUCUUGGCGACGUGCAAGGCCUAUACCGUAAGUACGCAAGUAGCCGUUGGAGGUGCGUUUUUACGCUCAACGUAUUUUGGGUACUUAGUGCUCGCGCUGCUGCACUGAGACUGUACAAGCAAGCCAAGGAAGUAUCGACUCGUGCGCUGUCACUCGCUUUAUGAAGGUUACUGGUUCUUGGUGGGUCGUCUAGAGCAAAUCUGUGGAAGGCGCCGACCAAGCGAGACCCCCGGCGUACAUCUGCAGACGACAAGCACGGCCUCGAGGCACGCCGUCUCCCCCUCGACCCUGGGACGCGUUUAGAUGCAGCGGCGCUCGCUGGUUGAGCACGAAACCCGCGCCUCGACUUUUGCACUCGAUCCCGCCAAACCGCUGGAGCAUGGCGAUAAGCUCGACAGCCGACCUGACGCCCUAGACACGGAAGCACCGGCCUGGACCGACUCGCAGAGCAGGAAGGAAGCAGCGAGUGCGCCUGUCCCGCGACCCUCGUCCGCAAACCGUCACACCUCCAGCACCUCUCUAGACAUGUUGAGCGAAAAGACUGGGCCUGCGCCAGGCGCGUUGCCCGGGGACACACUACCAGACAGCACGGCGGAUGGGCAGGAGAUCAGAUGGCGGCGACGGCUGCGCAACCCGUGGGCCUACUCGCCCUACACGCUGCUGACGACGCUGCUGGCCUUUGCCGCCCUCUUCCUCAUGGUGCAGUCGUUCCUGACGCGCCAGCUGGACGUCAAGGGCUGCGAGAUGUCGUAUAUGCGCCCCUCCUUCUCAAAGUACAAUGACUUCGACACGGAGCACACGCGCUUCGCCAGCAAGUACUCGCUGUACCUCUACCGUGAGGGCGGCAUCGACGACGAUAUCAGAGUCAAAGGUGUGCCAGUGCUCUUCAUCCCCGGCAACGCUGGCAGCUACAAACAGGUGCGCCCGCUUGCCGCGGAAGCCGCAUACCACUACCACAAUGCGCUUCGACACGACAUCGGCGCGACCAAUGCGGGGAAGAGGCCUCUCGAUUUCUUCUCGGUCGACUUCAACGAGGACAUUACAGCAUUCCAUGGCCAGACAUUGCUAGACCAGGCCGAAUAUCUCAACGACGCCAUCACCUUUAUCCUAUCCCUAUACCACACCCCGGGGCGCUCCCUCCGCGACUCGAACCUGCCGGACCCCACCUCCGUCAUCAUCGUUGGACAUUCGAUGGGAGGCAUGGUAGCCCGCACCAUGCUCACCAUGCCCAACUACCAGGCCAACUCGAUCAACACCGUCAUCACCCUCGCUGCCCCUCACGCGAGGCCCCCAGUAUCCUUCGACGGAGACAUCGUCCGCACGUACAAGGGAGUCAACGACUACUGGCGACACGCGUACUCGCAAAAGUGGGCUGUUGACAACCCGCUGUGGCACGUCACACUGAUCUCGAUUGCUGGUGGAGGACUUGACACCAUUGUUUCAUCAGAUUACGCCAGUCUCGCUUCACUUGUCCCUGAAACGCACGGUUUCACGGUGUUUACCUCUUCGAUGCCAAAUGUAUGGACGGGCAUGGACCACUUGGCCAUCACAUGGUGUGAUCAGGAAAGAAAAAGCAUCGUGCGCGCACUGUACGACGUCAUCGACGUGUCGAGAGCAACACAAACGGUUCCACGCGCGCAACGAAUGCGGGGCUUCAAGAAAUGGUUUCUGACCGGUCUCGAAGACAUCGCAGAGAAGACUCUCCCGCACGUGGAAGUCAAGACUCUGCUGACCCUCGAAGAGAGAGAUGCAGUUGUUUCCCAAGGCGAGAAACUUGUACUCAGCAGCCUUGGAAAAUCGAAGCAAAAGCCAAGUGCACACCUACUCCCAGUCCCGCCUCAGGAUGCGCGCGAAGGCAAGAAGUUUACUCUGUUGACUAAUGAGAAACUGGACUUGCUUGGCGAACAUGGCAAGCUGGAGGUUCUGUUUUGCAGCGUCUCUCCGUCCCAUGCUGGACAGUCGGCAAUUCACUUUUCCGUAAACAUGGACCUCUCUGGCGACGGCUCUAGUGCGACCAGAUUGGCUUGCAAGAAUGCUGCUUCAGAUGUCAUCCUUCUUCCUGCAUCUACCCGCGCGUCGACAUUUCCCUUCAAGACCGAUCAGCGUCCCUUCUCCUACCUGCAGUAUGAUAUUGCGGAUCUUGCUGAACAUCAGUUCGUAGCUGUCGUGGACAAGGCUGGCGAGCGCAGCACAGGAUGGGUCGUCGCUGAGUUUAGCAAUGCCUCUGAUUCGGCUUUCAAGAUCAACGUGGGCUUGCAGCGCCUUUUAACAACUGGGUUGUCUUUUCGGCUGCCCGUUCGUCGUCCGUUGGCGAUGGAUGUCAAUGUCCCUGCUUUGCACUCUAGUCUCCUAGCAUACAACAUCCACAUCGGCAAGCAAUCGUGUGAUCGGGGAGAGUUGUUCGCGCCUCUACUGCGGCAAUACAUUACAGAUGUUUACGAAAGCAAGUUCUUCGUCAAUGUCAAGGACGCCAGUAUCAACCUUCAUGGCGUUGCACCGUACAUGCCACCCGCUCUUCACACCAAACAGCCAUCAAACGGGUUGUCUCUGCAAAUAUGGACCGAUCCUACUUGUGACAGUAGCGUAGAGGUAUCUCUGAGAGUGGAUAUUCUGGGAAGCUUGGGAAAAUUGUGGAUGCGUUACCGUAUCGUCUUUGCGGCUUUCCCGAUCCUAGUUGUCACUCUAGUCCUGCGCCAACAAUUCAGGACAUAUGAUGAGACCGCAGUGUUUAUGAGCUUUGCUGAAGGCUUGAACGAGUGCAUUCGAGGAUCACUCCCGCUUGCCUUCGUCGCACUGACGUUCCUAUCGGUUACUCUUGCAGGGGCCCGACAUCAAUCUAUCCAACACUGGUCACAGAGUGGAACAUCCGGCAAUACCACCCAGCUGUUUGAAGACGCUCGCGGCGAACUGCUCAUGGGAUCUGACGAUACGUUCUUCUGGUUCCUAGUCCCGCUUUUCGGACUAAUGUGCGUCGGCAUCUGCGUCGCAAUAAACUACGUCGCGCUCUUACUCACCUACCUCCUCGCAACGAUCUACUCCGUCCUCAGCUCAUCCACGCUCCGAAACGACGAAGGAAAGCGCACACCCUCCGACUUCGCAGUGACAUCAACCCGCCAGCGCAUCAUCACAACACUCGUCCUCCUCUCCCUAAUCUCAACCGUCAUCCCCUACCACUUCGCCUACAUGGUCCUCUGCCUCGUACAACUCGCCACAUGCGUCCGCGCCUUCCACCUAGCACGCGCCUCGCAGCUCGACUCAAACUACAACUUCUACAACUACGCGCACUCGAUCCUCAUCCUGAUGCUGUGGAUCCUGCCCAUCAACCUCCCCGUCCUGGUCGUCUGGGUCCGCAACCUCGCCGUCCACUGGCUGACGCCGUUUUCCUCGCACCACAAUAUCCUCUCCAUCAUGCCGUUUAUCCUGCUCGUCGAGACACUGAGUACGGGCCGUAUGGUGCCCCGUGUUCAGUCGCGCUUCUCGGUCUGUACGGGUGUGUUUCUCUUCUCGAUUGCGGCGUAUGCGGCGGUUUAUGGCGUUACGUAUGCGUAUGUGCUGCACCAUCUUGCUAAUAUUCUGUGUGCGUGGUUGGUUGCGGUGCAUGUUGAUGCGUCGGGGUUCUCGGCUGGUGGGAUAGGCGGGUGGUUGGAGGGCGUGGGGAAGGCGAAGAAACGGCCAUGACAUGAUAGUAGAAGUUAAUUCUAAUCACG